AUGGUUGAAUCAUGUAUAUGGAAAGAUUUAAAAUGUUAAUAAUUUAUACUAUAGCCUAGUUAAAACUGUAUUGGUUUAAAUAAAUUUGGAUGCUUGAAUGCAUAUCAACCUUGUGUGUGGUCUGGUAAAUAUAAUAAAUGUGAAUCACCUAAAUUCUCUGAAAAUCCAUAAAGUUGUAUUUUAUUCUUAUCAAAUUAAUCUGAAAUAUCACAUAUGAAUGCUUAAACUUGUACAUAAAUUAAUAUUAAUUAAAGUUGCAUUUUAGGUAAAAACUAUAAAUGUAGAUAAAUCACAGAAUCAUAACUUUAUGAUUGUCAAACUUAAGGAUUAAAUUAUAAUGCUUGUCUAUUAAAAACUAAGAAUAAUUGUGCUUUUUUAAAUAAUAAAUGUAUAACAAUCUAAAAUGUCAAUGAAGGUUGUAAAGAUUAUUUAAACAAAAAUAGUUGUUUGAUUUAGGAUGCUGUUUGCUAAUUUAAUGAUAGGGAUUGUAUAAAUUAGAAUGUAAACUGUAAAUUUACUGAUAGAUUAUGUUCUGACCUAAAAGUUAGUUCUAUUAAUUAAAUUAGUGCACAUAGCCCUUAUUCUAUAAAAACUUGUUCAGUUUUUGACAGAGAAGGAAUUGGUCUUAUUUAUGGUCCAAACUAAAAUAAAUGUAUAUAAGUAGCAAAAUUAAAUAAAAAACUAAAAGAUUGUAAUUUAAUAGGAAUUAACAAAUAUGCAUGCUUAUAUGAAGUAGAAAAUUAUUGCUAAUAUGAUGGUUAAUGUAAAUACAUAUAACCAUCAUUUAUAAAGGAAUGUUUAAACACAUUAAAUGUACAUGCAUGUACCUAGAUUGAAAAUUUAAGAUGUAAGUUUUUGCAUUAAUGUAUGCCUGCUCUUAAAGAUGAUAAUUGCGAAUCUAUUGCAACUAAUGAAUUUAAAGUAAAUAAAAAAAUAUGUUAAAUGGAUCAAAAGAAUUCAUGUGGUUAUGACAGUAUAAAAAAAACUUGUAAACUUAUUGGUGAGAUUAAAUAAAAUAGCUGCAAAAACUUAAAUUUAAUGCCUUGUAUAUUUAACACCUAAGAUUCGCUUUGUGAAUUUGAUGAGGUUAAAAAAUAAUGUUAAAACUCAUUUGGAAAUUCAAUGUGCACUGAUAAAGUAAAUAAAAACAAAUGUUUAGCCAUAAUAACAAAAGGAUAAUAUUGUGAAUUUAUAGAUAAUAAAGGUUGUUAAGCUAUUGCUAACCAUACAGAAAUCAAAAAGUGUAUAAAAUCUUUUUAAACAAAUCCAAAUACUUGCUCCUAAAGCAUUGAUAUUCCUUGUUUUUAUGAUAAAGAAACAAAAAUGUGCAUUGAAUAUAGCAAUUAUAAAUUUUUAGAUAGCAUGAAUAAUUAAGGUAAUAAUGAUAUGUCAUUUUUAAAUUAUGGGAUAUAAAAUGUCAUUUCUUUAAACUAAAAAGCUUGUGAAAUAUUUGAUUAUGUGAUAUAUCUAUAAAACUCUUAAAAGAUUACCAAAAAAAUCUUACUUUAAUGGAGUGAGGGUAGGUGUAUGGAAAUUAAAGGAAUUGAUUCACUUUGGAAACUGAAUUGUGACUAGAAUUUAAACAAACAUUUAUGUAAUAAUAUAAGAACAAAAAAUAAAUACUGCCAAUAUUAAAAUCAAUAAUGCAAAUAAGCUAAUCUAAAAGAUUAUUAAGAUCGAGUUUGCAACUCUAUAGAAGAUGUAAACUCUGGUGUCUUUUGUGCUUAAACUACUAAAGAUAAUGUGCCUUGCUAUUAUGAUUCUGCAAAUUUCAAAUGCUAAGAAGUUCCAAAAAAUUCAAAUAAUAAUUAUGAUGAUAUAAAAAUUGAAUGUGUUGAGAAAGAUCCUGAAUAAAAAGGAUAUAAUAAAUUUGCAUGUGAAUUAGAUAAAGAGAAUUGUAUCUUCAAAGAAUAAUGUAUUAAGAUUACAAAAUCAGAUCAAAAGUAGUUUUGUAGUGAUGCAAAAAAUACAAAUGAUUGUCCUAAAGUGAUUUUAGAAGGAUGCAUGAUAUAAAAUAAUGAAUGUGUUAAAAUUUAAAAUACAGAUUAUAAUCAUAUCAAAUGUGAAUAAGUUCAAAAUCUUAAAGGUUGUACUAAUAUUUAAACAGAAGGUUAAUAUUGUUAAUUUAUUGGGGGAGAAUGUAAAUAAUAAGAUUUAAUAACAAAGAGAAAUAUUAUUUGUGAAGAUAUUAAAGAUGUCAAUAAUGAAGAAUUUUGCUAACAACCAAAAGAUAAGGGAUGCAUAUUUGAUUAUGCUGAAAACAAUUGUAAAGUAGUAUCUAAUAUAUAAAAUCUUACAUGUUCCAGAGGAAUUAAUAGAAUAGCUUGUCUAUAAUUCACAAAUAAAGAUUAAAAAUGUUCAUAUCUUGAUUAUUGUUUUGGCCCUAACUAAAUGAAUGAAAAUUGUAGUGAAAAUUGUAUGAUAGCAAAUUCAAUAGAAACAUGUUUAAAUUAAAGGUAUUGCAAAUGUUAAUGGCAGGAUUAUUUGUGUUAAAUUUAUACAAAAAAUUCAACAUAAUGUGAGGAAAUAAAAUAUUCAAGUUUAGCUGUUUGUAAUUCUAUCGAAAAUUGUUUUCUUGAUACAAAAGAAUUUAUAUGUAAAUCUAUUGAACCUACAUCUUGUGAUUAAUUAUAAUCACCAAGUUAAUGUAGCAGUAUACUGUCUUUACCUUGUAUUUGGUACGAAGAGGAACAAUAAUGCAUGUAUCUUGAAACUUAAGAUGAUAAAGAUGGUUAUAUUUCAAUGAUAAGUUCAGCUUAAAUUAAUUGUGAAGAUAUAACGUAUUAUAAUGGAAGUUAAAGAGCUUGUAUGAAUAUUGAAAGAUAAGGGUAAAUGUGUAUAUAUAAAGAUAAUCAAUGUACAGCUUUUGUAUAAGAUGAAACUAAGAAUAAUUGUUUAGAUAAUAUUAAUAUUAAUUCAUGUUUAUAACAAAAAAUAAGUGAUUGUUAUUGGAAUAUCUAAUUAUUUAAGGUCAAAAAGACUAUUUAAAAUGAUGAAUCUGAAGAAGAAUAUGGAAACUGUAUUGAAAUAAAUUAAAUUAAAGAUUAAAAAAUAGAGAAUUGCGAUACUGGAUUUAGUUAUACAUCUUGUUUAAAUAUUGCAAAGGAAGGAGUAUUUUGUAAAUGGAAUAAUUAAUAGUGUUAAAUUAUUGAUGAUAAAGAAUAAAUUAUAUUUCAUCCAUCAUAAUUAAUAGAUGUCAAUUCAAAUGCUUGUGGUUUGAUAAAUAAUGGAAACAUUGUAAAAUAUGAUAAAAAUAUGAGAUUCUGCAUUAAAGUUGAUGAUGUUUAGACUUUAUCAUGUCAUACAGAAGGAUUAAAUAAAGAAGCUUGUCUUAAUAUUAAAUUUUAAAAUUGUUUUUGGGAUCCUACAAGAAGAAAAUGUAGAUAUUAAUAACUUUUAACAAAUUAUAAAUCUUGUAAAUUAUAAAAUUUGUCUUCUUAUUUAUGCUCAUAACUAAAAUUAGAUUUACCAUGUGGAUUUAUGAAAGAUGGCUGUGAUUUUGUUGAUUUAGACUAAGUAAAAUGUACUUAUGAAGGAUUGAAUAAAUAUGCUUGUCUAAAUAUUAAAAAACAUCCUUGUAUUUGGUUAAAGAAUUCAAAUAAUGAAAAUUAUCAUUGUGAAGAUUAUUUAUAAUAUCUACCUUGUGAUUAAAUACCAUCAAAUGUUAAUUCAAAAGUUUGCUCUAUUGUUAAAGAAGGUGCUUGUUAUUAUGAUUAAUAAAAUUUGAAAUGUGAAAUUCCCAAUGAGGAUUAAAAAAGUUGCUCAUUGACUGGAUUAAAUAUUAUUGGGUGUGUUAAAAUUGAAAAUUGCUUUUUUGAUUAAAAUUGCUAGUUAUUAAAUAAAUAAUAAUAUAUAUGUGAAGAAUUUCCAAUUGCUAAUAAAUUAAUUUGUAAAAAUGCUGUAGAUUCUUGUAAAUAUAAUGAAUUUUAAUAUGGAUGUUCACGUGCUUUCGACGAAUUUUGUUAUAAUGAUUCACUAAGUGAAUAAGGAUGUUUAAGUUAACCAAAAUGUGUACUUUAAGAAUAAAGAUGUCAAUGUCGAAAGUUUGUUGAAAUUUAUGAUUGUACUUAAAUUCAAGAAAUGGAUAAAUGUAAAUUAAAGAGUCAUUGCAAGGUUUAAUAGUAAGAAAAUUAAUAAAGUUUACAAUGCAUACUAAAAUAGUGUUAAGAUUAUUCUUCUGAUGAAUGCGAAGGAAAAUCUAUUCUAAAAUCAAUUUGUUAUUGGAGUAGUUCUAAUAAAUGCAUGUCAGCUUAAAAAUGUGAUGAUAUUGUUGAACCUAUGUUUGAAUGUUCUCAAUACGAAUUUAAUGAUAGACCUUGUUAAAAGAAAAAGAAUUCUGAAAAUUGUGAAUAAUUUAACUGUGAAAAUUUUAGUAAAGAACUAUGUUUAGCAUAUAAACAAUAUUGUAAUUUUGAUUAGACUUGUUAAAAAAAAUAAUGCAAUUAAUAUUUAAUAAUGGAAUCUUGUAUUAUAAAUAACUGUCAUUGGGAUUCAAAAGAAAAAACUUGCUCUGAAUAAAUUCAUUGCUCUAAAAUUUAUGAUGAAAUUGAAUGUAAUAAAUAUAAAUACAAUUCCACACCUUGCUAAUGGAUGGUUAAUGAAGAUAAUAAGUAUUGUACAUAAUAUAGAUGCAGUGAUUUAAGCAAAUUGUAAUAAUGUUCUGGAUCACGUAUUGGAUCAGAAUUUUGUGUUGAAAUAAGUGAUUCUAUUUGUAUAUCUUGUGAAGAGAUUUUUGAUUCUUGUGAUUGUCUAUAAUAGUCAAAAUAUUGUAGUUAUGAUAUAAAAAAAGAUAAAUGCACUUCUAAGAAUUGUGAAUCUUAUUUAACUAAAGAAGAAUGCCCUAUAAGUUAUUGCACAUUUAUUGAAUAGGUAGAAUAAAGUAAUAUUCUUAAAUGCUUAAUAUAAUGUUAAUUUAGAAAUAAUUAUGAUUCAUGUAAUGAUAUGAAUUAUUAAUGUGAAUGGAGAGAGGAAAAUCAAAAAUGUUAAACAAAGUGUGAAUAUAUAUUUGAUGAAGAAAUGUGUAGUUAAGUAGAUUAAUGCUCUUGGAAUUACUAAGAAGAUAAAUGCUAAAUAAAAUAAGAAGGACCUGAUGUAGUUGAUCCCUAAGAUAAAAAAGAAAUCAUCAUCACAGGCCUAAUAACUUUAUGCAUAUCAUUAAUAUGA